UCGAAGAAGACCUAGUCUUCCGGGAAAAUGGCGGCUCCCGCUCGUGCCCCGGAGUCCCCGCCGGCCGCGAAUCCCGCGCUAGCGGCUGGGGCUGCCGAGGAAGCCGAGUGCCCACCGCCUCGCCAGCCGCAGCCCCAGCGCAAUGUCCUCGCUGCCCCGCGGCUUCGAGCCCCAAACUCCCGAGGACUUGGGGCCGCAGAGUUUGGCGGAGCUGCAGGAGAUGUUGAAGCGCCAGGAGAGACUUUUGCGCAACGAAAAAUUCAUUUGCAAAUUGCCCGACAAAGGUAAAAAGGUCUUAGGCUCUGUUGUCAAACUGAAAGCUGCCAUUGCAGAACGUGAAGAAGCUAGAGUAAAAAGUGAACUGUUUCAUCCUAUUAGUGUAGAUUGUAAGCUAAGGCAAAAAGCAAUUGCAGUUAUUGAUGUGGACACGGAUAAGGCCCAGAAUUCUGACCAGAUACUUGAUACUUCAUCACUAGUUCCCAGCUGUUCCUCCAUAGAUACCAUCAAGUUAUGUAAAGCAACUUCGCAACAACAGGGACUUGUACAUCCUAUUCACAAAGGCGAUGAAGAGGCUCCAGACAUUGAGUACACAGUGAACAAGCGUCCAGCUUCCAGCAGCAGAACCAGUGUGCUUUCCUCAUCUGAAGCCAGUGAGCGUCUCCCUCAGCAUCGUGUUUCAAGUCAAGCAGAAGAUAAUUCUAGCAGCUCUGACCACCUGUUUAUUGAUAGACCACAAAGGAUCACAGUUGCGGACCCAGAUGAGCACCACUCACAGGAAAAUACUGGUACUGAGAAAGAGACAGGCUUCGGUAGUAGGACACAGAAGAAACCUCAUUACAUGGAAGUGCUAGAAAUUCGAGCCCAAAACCCUGUGCCCCCACCACAUAAAUUUAAAACCAACGUAUUACCUUUACAACAAAAGGAUUCAUUCAGUCAUUGGCAGAGAGGAGGGCCCCCCGUUUCCUCAGCAGAAAGACGGCACAGGGAUAAGAAGCACCUUGAUGACAUCACAGCAGCUCGGCUUCUGCCGCUUCACCAUCUGCCUGCACAGCUGCUCUCCGUAGAAGACUCUUUGGCACUUCAGAAACAGCAGAAACAGAAUUAUGAGGAGAUGCAAGCCAAGCUCGCAGCACAAAAAUUAGCAGAAAGACUGAAUAUUAAAAUGCAGAGCUAUGCUCCAGAAGGGGAGACUUGGAGGAAAUACCGAGAAGUAAGGGAUGAAGAUGAUGAUCCGUCCUCCGACGAUGAAUUCUGAAGUGAGCUUUGGAAUAAGCUCCUACAUCUGUGCCUGUGGAGAUGUCAUUAUCUUACAUCAGACUUGCUAACAAGUAUCAAGAUCAGUGUCAGACAUUGAGGGAAAGAAUUUAUAAAGUUAUGAAAAAGGUAGCUAUAAAAGUAGCCCAGUUUGUCUUUCAGAAGAUAACUCUCAUGCACUUGAAAAGUUUCAUAUUUGAAUAUUGUGUUUAGUCACAUUGUAUUAAAAUUUUGCAGUAUGUUGUGUGUUGGUCUGAUACUUUAGUAUAUAGUAGAGCACAUUUUUUUCCUAUAAGCCAAAUGAAAGCAGAGAAGUGCUGCUUUCCUUAUUCUUAUUACCUCUAUCAAAUAGCAUUUAUUACAUCUUUCAGUGAAAAUCAUUUAGUUGUCCCAGGCACCACCUAAAGUGAAUUAGGAAAAUAUAGUUCCCUCCUUGUCUUGAGUAAUGAAGGGAGUGUAUUAGAGAUUUUUGUGCAUGUUUGCAUGGGGUUAUUGAGGUAUUGGAUGUGAACUGCUAAGGAAGACACUCAGAAAAUGCUUACAUGUUUGUUUCCUCCUUCUGUCUUCCCCUUAGGAAGAAUGUUAUCUUUCUUUUGAGUAGGAACAGGAGUACUUUUAGUUGAUGCUGGAGGGUGGACAGUCUUUCUAGAUGAUGAGAUUGGCUUGGGGUACUAUGAGGUAUAGAAAAAAAUCUAAGAUGACUAAUGUAGGUGAAGGGAGAAGCCAUUCUUAUGCUUCACUUGAGUUCAUUGCUCUAAUAGAUGAUAGGUUUAGUUUGGUAAGAAAACCCAGGUUUGUUUUUUUUCAAAGCUACAGUUGAAUUGUCAUCAAUAUAUUGCUUUUUUUCCCCCCAAAAGAGGCAUAUGUAGGCUGCAGAAACUUCAAUUUCAUAUAUAUAAUUGUUUAUGUAAUUUUAAGUGAUCAUAUGAUUGUCUCUAGAGAAAUUAACACUCAUUAGAGAUUUCUUUGUCUAAUGUUGGAACCUUUAAACAGUGUUGAAAGGAAGAAUAAAAUAAUUAGAGCAAC